CACUUUUUACUCAGUCGGGAGCCUCCUCUGGUGGUGUGAUAAACUGGGAGGAGAUUGUGUUAAAGUGGAUUUUCUCCCCUCUAGAGGUUCUUUGUCAUUAGAUGGAGGAAGAAGAAGAUGACGUAGCCGGUUGGGCGCCCUUUUUGUUUUAGUAGUUUUGCAGUUUUAAGGAGUAGCUGGUCUGUUAGUCCGCCCGUAUCAUUAUUUAUACCGGUAACAGGCUAGGCAGGGGGGAGGCGAGGAGUAGAGCAGAUCAGAUCAGAUGGACAGUUACCCUUGCAGCACACUAGCUGCAGGCCCUCUGUCUGUGGCUGCACAGACGGUUAUGGCUGCGCUGAGGGCACAGUAUGCAGGCAGAAUACACAAGUCCAGACACAUAAACUCCCUCAGUGAAGAGCUCAGGCUGUUCCAGAACCAAGAACACUGCAGCAGACCUUCAGAACUACACAUUCAGUCUAAUAUUUCUUGGGAGAAGCCAUAUCAUACCUCCAGACCUAAGAUGGAAAAAGCAAUUCAAUCUCCCAACACAAACCCUACAGAGGAGCCUAGCUAUUACCCUGAGUCACAGUGGAGCCUGAUUCGUGAAGAAAAGGAGAAACAGUGUUUGAACCACUCACCUAAACUUCAGCUCUCAAAUGUGGCCGACGUCUCACCAUUCCACAGUAACAUUAAUACACUUAAUCGACAGAAAACAGACCAACUGAAUCUGAGGUUAAGUGAUUAUAGUAAUGGUACCAGUCUAUUAGUAUUGUCUGCAGAUCGUAAGGGAACAGUGGCUGAGAACAACAUUCCAGAGACAGAUUCUCACAGAAAGAAGACAUUCCUCAGGACAACCUUUGCUUACUGUGGAGAUCCACAGCUUGGAACUACUACUGUAGUGUCUCAAGAGCAGAAGCAUCAAGAGAUUUCCAGUAAAACAGGAAAGAUUCAAGUAAUGCACCCCACCAAGAAAGAGUCCAAAGCAAAAAGAGUGACUCACUCUCCCCCUUGCAAGCGAUGGAGGUCAGGUCAUGUUCAGAUGCCUGUGGUGAGCUGCUUCAAGGACUUUGUAGAAGAGGAAGACAAUGGGCUGGAGAGAGCCCCUGCAGAGCAAAAUUGUGAUGAAAGUUCUGGUGAAAAGGAAGUUUGGUACUCUGAAGAAAAAAGGAACGAAUCGACUGAAAUAGUGUGUGAAGAGUGGGAUCAUCUCUAUAAUAUAGGGAUAUCAGAGAUGGUGCGAUUCAAUUUACACUGGUCUGAGGACCUUAGCGAAGAAUGCUGUGAUGAAGGUCUAGUAUGUGCAAAUGGACAAAAAGAACAUCUAACAAGCUUACAACCAGUGCUGCUGCCCAGCCAUGUGAAUGACAUCAUUGAAUUGAGGUUGAAUAGAGAGCCUGUAAAGAUUUCUUCAGACUUUGCUGAAUCUUCCACUCUUGAUCAGUUUAGGAAUAAAGAGAACCAUUUGCAAUUGUCAAUUCAAAAUGCUGAUGCAAAGGAAGACACCAUGUCUAUGCAGACUGCUUUACAUAGCACAAAUGAGCCUGACCAAGACACAGUGCUUAAAGAAGGAGGCUCAGCAGAUAUGAGUAAAGAAACUGAAGAGUCAAGACCAGAGGAAAGUGAAGCCUCCAGUCAUAAAACUGACCUUCCUAUACCUCAGCCAGAGGAAAGAAAUGUCCAUAUAGAAGCUGAUGUCAGUAUUGAGCCAGAUUGCAGAGCUGCUCCUGUGGUCACAGAAAUGCAUCCCAAACCCCAGGAUCUCUCACAGGUGGACAUAAGGAGUUCUGGAAUGGAGGGUGUGGCCAAAACUGUUCUUAUGUCAAAGAAACCUGGAAAAUGGAUCCCUCCACAACCCUCACAGGGUCAUUCCAAAAUCAUACUAUCCCAAGAAACAUUCUCUAAACAGACAACUGGCAUGCCAGAGUUCUCCAGCCCUCUUCAGAAGUCUUCACCCUCCCAACAUAAUGACUUGCUCAUUUCCUAUCAGAGACAGCAGAGCAAGAGCACAAAGCAGUUCCAGAACCCACUGAAAAGUGUGCAGUCUUUAAAAGAGAGACCAGUGCAGACUCCUACCACUCAAUUGGAACUGAUAAACAAAAAAGAGCCCAGGGUAGAUAGCCGCUGUGACAUCUCCAAACCUUCCAGAGAGAAGUGCUCUGCAUCAGAGAUGAACAGUCAUCAAAGAGCCUCAGAGGGAGACAAGAAAGGAGACGGGACCCCAGCAUCCUCUAAACUCACCCUUGCCCUGACCUGUGAUUCACGAGUGUGUGAUGCCAGCCGUUUGUCACCGGAAGAGAAGAUGGGUGUAUUGGAGGAGGCUGGAAGAGCAAGAGCACUGGUGGUUACCAUGGUAUACCAGGAUGGAACCACACAACUAGACCCUGAACAGAAGGCUACACCCGCAGUGUGUGGGCUUUUGGUUCUGCUGAAGAAGAGUCUGGAUGCAUUGGAUUUAGAGCAGACAGAAACUACUGAGGAAAGACUGUUGUUUCUCAGGCUGGAGCAAAGGCCUGUCUGGGCUCAGCAAGACCCUCAGCACAACCAGGAUCUGUUCACAAAAGAAGUCCUGCUGCAGAUGGUGUGUGGAACACAACGUUUAGUGUGCUUUAAAGCUAAAGACCUGCUCCGGACAGCACUCAGGCACUUCAACAGAGACCUAAGCUGGAAGCAAGUGGCAGGUUGUCAGGUGUUGGAUCCUCAGAUUGCUGCCUGGUUACUGGACCCUGCAGAUUCCGCCUGCUGCUUCCAGGACCUGCUCAUCAAGCACUGCACACGUCCAGCCAAUCACACCUCUGCACAGCCUGCACUUGGACACAGCAAGGUAACCCAGACGAUCUCCAGUCUGUCUCUUCUGCACAGGCUUAUGGUUGAACUCCGGAACAAGCUGCAGACCCAGGGUCUGUGGCAGCUGUACUUUUGCAUGGAACAGAAGAUGAUUCCAGUACUAGCAGCUAUGGAGAGCCACAGGAUCCACGUGGACAAAGCGGCUUUAAAGAAGACGUCAGAGAUGCUGGGGACUAAGGUGAAACAGUUGGAGCAGGAGGCUCAUCAGGCCGCAGGUCAGCAAUUUCUGGUGUCCAGCAGCGCUCAGCUUCGCCUGGUUCUGUUUGAGAAACUGCGUCUGCAUAAGCGCUGUGAGAAUAAGAAACUGCCCAAGACUGUUCUCAAACAGCAGCAGUCCACUUCAGAGGCUGCGCUGUUGCAACUCCAAGACCUGCAUCCUUUGCCCAAAAUAAUUUUGGAAUACAGGCAGGCUCACAAGAUCAAGUCUACUUUUGUGGAUGGAAUUCUGUCCUGCAUGACUAAGUCCUUCAUCUCCUCCACAUGGAACCAGACGAGUACAGUGAGCGGCAGACUAUCAGCCAAACAUCCAAACUUUCAAGCUCUCCCAAAGCAGCCAAUACAGAUCACCAAGAAGCAGAGUGUUGAAGGAAAAGAGUCCGAGCUGGUGACUGUUCAUCCACGCACCAUGUUCAUACCCCGCGAGGGCUGGAGCUUCCUCUCUGCAGAUUUCUGCCAGGUGGAACUACGCCUUUUGGCUCAUCUGUCGUCUGACCCUGAGCUCCUGAGAAUCUUCCAGAAUCCUGAAGCAGACGUCUUCACCAUGCUGGCCUCUCAGUGGAAGGGUGUGAGUAAGGACACUGUGAGUUCAGAGGACAGAGAGCACGCCAAACGCAUCGUCUACUCUGUAGUCUAUGGAGCCGGUAGGGAGCGUCUGUCUGGUAUUUUGGGAGUGAGUUCUGAAGAGGCCAGCAGAUUUCAGGACACUUUCCUUCAAACCUACAGAGAAGUGCAGACCUUCAUCCAGCACACUGUGCAGUACUGCCACAAACACGGUUAUGUAAAGUCCAUAAUGGGUCGGCGCCGCUCACUCCCUCAUGUUCACUCCACUGACUGGGGCAUCCGGAACCAGGCUGAAAGACAGGCUGUCAACUUUGUAGUGCAAGGUUCUGCUGCAGACCUCUGUAAGAUGGCCAUGAUCCAUAUCUGCUCACACGUGUCUUCUUCUGCCACACUCACUGCACGGCUGGUCGCUCAGAUCCACGAUGAGCUGCUGUUUGAGGUGGAGGACUCGCAGGUUGAGGACUUUGCAGUGCUGGUGAAGAAAACAAUGGAGUCUCUUCAGCACAUUGAUUGUCUUGGAGUCAGGUUAACUGUGCCUCUGAAGGUUUCUGUGUCUAAAGGGCGAUCGUGGGGCUCCAUGUGUGAACUCAGCUUCCCCCGUGCUGCUACACACACCUCUCCCUGACCCCCCCCCCCUCCUUUCAGGUUCCAGUCUGUUCGUUUAUCUUCGGUUCUUGUUAAACAUCUCAGUUCUAUUUUUGCUCUGUCUUGUUCUGUUGUUGCCUCUCUUUCUCUCUCUCUCUCCAUCGUUCCUUCUCUCAGUUUCUGUCCAUCUAUCUCUCUUUUUCUAUUUCUCUGAGCUGCAGCCCAUCGCCAUGGCAACCGGACUGCAGCAGCUCUCAGUUCUCUCCCGUCCUCGCCAGCCGUAUCCGGGGGCAACCGUAGGAGCAGACUGGAUCGCACCAGUUCCUGUCUUCUUUUCCCCCCUCCUUCUUUCUUUUCUUUUAAAAGCCCUUGUUCACCUCUACUGUUGCAUUUUUGUCCAUGAAUUUCUAAACUUAAUUUAAAGCCAUAUAUAUUUAUUUCUCUCAUUUCAACUUCAACACAUUAUCUCUUACAACCUUGUUCAUACUUUUAACCAUACAUUUUAUUUUUAUAGUCAGACUUUGUAUCGGCUGCGUUAUGAGCCGUUAUGAGCUGUUAUGAGCCAAAAAUACACCUGUUCAUCUAUUAUUAAAGGGUAUUAAAAAGAGUUUUAUCCUG